AUGGCAGGUUCCGGUAAGGUGAUUCUGAAGCUUAGCUCCAUCUUCGACACUCCUGGAGUGCAGCAAGAGCCGCCUCUUCCCGCAACUAAGCACAGGACACCUCAACGCUCGGAAGAUGGGCCGGUCUCGCGGGCAAAGGCCAUGCUGGAUAAGGAGCUAGCCAUGAAAUGUUCGCCGCAGGCAUCGUUUCCAACGCCGAAGACUCCGAGAAAUCCGACAGACAGCCUGGACAAGGCAAAACGAAUGCUCAACGACACGCUCGAGAACAUCGCAGCGAUGGAGCGAGACAACAUCUAUGAUAAGGAAGCAGCUGACCGGCAACGUGCUGAGGCGCACGCUCGCUUUGAGAUGGCUCGAGCUGCUUUCAUCCAGUCAGAAGCUGAGCCAUCCAAGUCAGCCGAGAAGCCCAUCGUUGCAGGCUCAACACCAGGAGAAGAUGAAAGGUCUGCUCCGUCCAAGUCCAUCGCUAAACCGAACCAAUCUCCCGUCACUGCCCCGAUAGCAACUCCUGAGGCAGAGAAGGCUGUUCCCCUCAAAGCGAACGUAAUCACAUCUGCGAAGAAAGAAGAUGACGUCUUGAGCUCGCUGAACGGACGAUCGCUCGUUCCCAUGCGAAUCAGAAGGCAAAUGAUAACUCACACACUCCCUGACGAGCCUCGAAUCGAGCACGUGCAGAAAGACUUGUUCAGAGACACUACAUACGAAGACGCCGCCUGUGAUCAAGUUGAAUCUCUUGAAAUCACUGAGUCUUCUGAAUCCGAGUUUUACAACGACCAUCAUCAUCUCAAUUCUCAACAUCAAGAGCAGUUCGUCUUCAAGGAUGAAGGAGACCUGCACAGAAAUCGAGCACCCAUCGUCGUCAAGACUUCCUUCCCGGAUGAACCUGCUGUUUUUCGCGACUACAAGGAAGAAAGCCUGCCCUCCGUAUACUCUGUCAGCAGCCGAGAAGAUCCAUCCUACCCAUCAAACUUGCAGCGAUCGCAGCAGAUUUGGGUCCCCGAGUCUCUAGAGGUGACCCAGGGACAGGGAGGCAAUGAGCAUGACAAAUGGUGUCAGUUGAAAACCAUUUGCGAAGGCACCCUUCUUGGUCUCGAUGGCCCCAGUGGCAUCUGGAAGCCAAGAUACUUUGUUCUUGUCGACCAGAGCCUCUACUACUAUCAGGACAGCAGAAAGCUCAUCGCCAUCGAGCGGAUCACGCUAGAUCACUCAACUAGCGUCAAGGUGGUCGAUGACGCCUACGGAAGGCAAGAUGAGGACUAG